AUGAAGUCGACAUGCCUGCUCAUCCUGGCUUCUCUUACGGUCUGCAACUUGACGGUGUCUGGAGGACAGGGCAUCCCUGCUGAGGAUGAGACGGACCCAAGGACCAUAGACGACAUCAUACUACAGAGAGCAGAAAAUCUGCUGUUACGGUCCAUUCUCAAAAAGCUGCAGGAGGAAGACGGCAGAAACGAGGGGUUUUCCUCGCUGCCGGAAUGGGUGACAAAAAGACAGCAUCCCGGUAAGAGGUACAGCGAGGAUUUGGAGAAGCGGCAGCAUCCAGGGAGGAGAGAAGAAGACGAGGACGAACAGUACUUGGAUGUGCAAAAGAGACAGCACCCGGGCAAGCGCGAAGAUGAGAUGCACUCGUUCAUGGAGCUUCAGAAAAGGCAGCACCCGGGAAAGCGCACCACUGUGGGACACAUUUCUGACAACCCCGUCAUGCUGCUCAGUGAACUUUCUAAACGACAGCACCCAGGCAAGCGCUACCUGGUGCUGCACAGCAAGCGCCAGCACCCAGGUAAGCGCCAUCCCGAGGAUGAGGACGGCGACGGGGACUGGGACGCCGAUGCGGAUGGAGAAGAAGACCUGUCUGAGCUGGAAAAGCGUCAGCAUCCCGGAAAACGCUUUUGGGAUAACUCGAGUCCGGAUUUAGGCACAAACAGUCCGUGUGACGGUUUGGACCCUGCGAGUUGCAGCAAGACCAGUCUGCUGCUCGACUUUUUAGACAACAUUAACAAGAGCCACUCCGAGGAGAAGAGACAACACCCGGGUAAAAGGUUUGCGCCGGAGGAGGAUUUAGUGGAAGGAGAGUAA